AUGGAGCGACGUGUGGACCAGGAUGCAGGUGCCAAGGAGUCGGUUGUCCCGCUCCUCGAGGGCCGCGUGUACCGUUUUGCGGCUCCUCGCCACUUUUGCUACACCAACACCCACGUCCCGCGAUGGAGCGACGUGUGGACCAGGAUGCAGAUCCGCAUCAACAGCAGCCAGAUGAUCCGGGUCACCCAGGUGGACAGCGAGGAGGGGCUGGAGGAGUUCAACAUGUGGGACGUGUUUUUCGCCUUCCUGAAGGAGAAGCUGAACGACACCAACAUCGAUGUGGAUCUCUACAGCAACAAAACCUGCCUGAAGGUUGAAUUGCUGGAGACUAACACCACGUACUGCAUCGUCCUCUUCCGACGCUUUGACCCUAAGCUGUUCCUUGUUUUCUUCCUGGGCCUGUUUUUGUUCUUCUGUGGGGACAUGCUGAGCAGGAGCCAACUCUUCUACUACUCGGCCGGGAUUAGCGUUGGCUUGCUGGCCUCGCUGCUCAUCCUCGUCUACAUGAUGUCCAAGGUCAUGCCCAAGAAAAGCCCCGUUUACCUCCUGCUGGUGGGAGGCUGGUCCUUUUCCCUGUACCUGCUCCAGCUGGUCUUCAAGAACCUGCGGGAGAUCUGCAAGUCCUACUGGCAGUACCUCCUGGGCUACCUGCUGCUCAUGGGCUUCAUCAGCUUCGCCGUGUGCUACAGGUACGGCCCGCUGGAGAACGAGCGCAGCAUCAACCUCCUCUCCUGGGCCCUGCAGCUCCUGGGCCUGCUGCUGGUGUACGCGGGCAUCCAGAUCCAUCCCAUCGCCGUGGCCAUCGUCGUCAUCGCCAUCUGCGCCAAGAACGUGGACUACCCCUUGCAGUGGGUCUUCGCUGCCUUCAGGAGAGUGCAGAGUGCCCGGCGCGGGCCGAGCCCCCCUCGCCUGCUGACGGAGGAGGAGUACCGGGCCCAGGGCGAGGUGGAGACGCGCAAAGCCCUUGAGGAGCUUCGGAGCCUCUGCAGAAGCCCGGAUUUCUCUGCCUGGACCGCGGUGUCUCGCAUCCAGUGUCCCAAGAGGUUUGCUGAUUUUGUGGGUGGUGCCCCUCACGUCACCCCCAACGAGGUGUCUGUCCACGAGCGGGAGUACGGCCUGGGCGGCAUCUUCCUUGAGGACCAGCUCUUUGAGGAGGAGGAUGACGAUGAUGAAGAUGCCUUUGACAGGAAUCACGGGAGUUACUCCCUGCCCCACAACCACCUGGGUGCCGAUUGA